AAGUGACGCCAUCCUCUCUCAUCUUGAAGCAUGCUUGAAUGGAGGUGACCUUAGUUAUUAUCAAACAGUAACGUGGAGUGUUGACGGCUUCCGGUGGGUUCAUCUCGGUAGUUUGGUGUAGAUGCUGCAAGAGCUGAAAUUUUCCUGAAGCAGGACGAGCAAACAUGGCGGAAGGGCAUCAGACACGCGUGCAGAAUGUGGUGGAGGAGAUGGUCCAAAGCCUGGAGAGAGACAACAUCCGGAAAAUGCAGGGUCGCAUGUUCCUGUGCAGCGCAGACUGCUGUGACCGCUCCACAGACUCCAUGUCCCAGGUGCAUCAGUGCAUCGACAAGUGUCACACGCCACUGGCCAGAGCUCAGGGUCUGGUCACCUCAGAGCUGGAGAAGUUCCAGGAUCGACUGACCAGAUGCACGAUGCACUGUAACGAUAAGGCCAAGGAUCUGUUCGACUCCGGCGCCAAGGACACGGCGGUUCGAUCUCUGAUGGACCGCUGCGUGGGCAGUUGUGUGGAAGACCAUCUUAGCCUGAUCCCCAGCAUGACCCGUAGAAUCAAAGAGAAUCUGGAGUCUUUAGAGCAGUGAUGAGCGGAGGUCACAUCCUGGAGAGACACACACACACACACACACACACACACACACACACACACACACACACACACACACACACACACACACACACACACAGUAGCGCAGGGUCAGUCGCCUCAGCCAGUUUGACCUGUCAGAGUUUUGGUCAUAUGCAGAUUUAAAACAGAGGUUUAUUAAUGUGCUCUGUGGGGUUUAAAAACAGAAGCCACCCUGGAGACUGGGCACUGAACAUUUUUAUCAUGUUAGAAUUUGAGAGAAAUAAAUCCUGUGAUAAAUGUGUGUGAUAUCAAGAAUUCAGCUCGCAAAUGCUUGAAGUGUGUUCUUUUAAGAAUUGGUUUACAGCCAUAUUUAAUCUCUGAAGUUACCACCAUGAGCCUCCUCAUCCUUUGCUCAUUUUGUUUGAUUUUUUUUAUUGUGACAUGUUCUGUGAUUGUCUCAUCUCCUCUGGUGAGAUGUGUUCAUAUGACCUAAUUAAAAGUACUGUAGAUGUCA